AUGGCAGAGGGCUCCGUAUCAGUAGCAGAGGUGGAGACGGCCUUCAAGAAGUUUGCGAUCCACGGAGACACCAAGGCUACAGGGAAGGAGAUGAACGGGAAGAACUUUGCCAAACUCUGCAAGGACUGCCGGGUCAUCGACGGCAAGAACGUCACUGCCACCGAUGUGGACAUUGUCUUCACUAAAGUCAAGGCGAAGACAGCUCGUGUGAUUGCCUUUGAGCAGUUCAGCCAGGCCCUGUCAGAGUUGGCCCCGAAGCGUUUUAAAGGGAAGGGCCAGGAGGAGGCGCUGCAGCAGCUCUACGGCCUCAUAGCAGGGAAGGAGCCUGCCAACGCAGGCGUCACCAAAGUGGCCAAGGCAGCGGCGGUGGACAGACUCACAGACACCACCAAAUUCACAGGGGCACACAAGGAGCGGUUUGACGAGUCGGGCAAGGGGAAGGGCAAGGCCGGGCGAGUAGACAUUCCAGAUGCCAGUGGCUAUGUGGGGGCCUACAAGGGCAAGGGCACCUAUGAGGAUAAGGUCAAGGAAGCAUAG